AUGUUAUUCAAGAAACAAAGUAAUCAGGGCAAGGCAGACUGUUUACCAUUCUGGAAGAAUCAAAAACACUGCUUAUCUCACUCUCACUCCUUCUCUCUCACUCCUUCUCUCUCACUCCUUCUCUCUCUCACCCUCUCUCUCUCUCUCUCUCUCUUUCACGAUGUGGAAAGUUUCCAAGUUCAUUUCGCAAAAGUAAACACAUACCAACAACAAUCCUUUUUUUUUUCUAUUUCUGUUUUAUUUUCUUCAAAUAUUCUUUCAUUCUAUAUUCUUUGUUUUGUUCUUUCUUUUUUCUUCUUAAAAUCUAUUAUAGUUUUGAGGUUAUUCACGUUUGUUUCUUUCGAUUUAUUUGAUUUUCUUUAUCGUUUUUCAAUUCAUUUCGUUUUCUAUUUUUGCCAUAUUUCUUUCUUUCUUUCUUUCUCGCCAUUCUUUAUGAUAUUAUUUUGUCUGUUUUAUUUUUUCAACUUCCUUUCUUUUUCUUAUUUGACUUACUUCUUUCUUGCUUUUUUCUUCUUAAACUCUAUUAUAUUUUUCAGAAUCGUCAGGUUUCAUUCUUUUUUUUUCUUUUCCUCUUACUUUCUUCUUUUUCGUUUUUCAACUCAUUUUUUCGAUUGUCUCAUUAUUCAUAUUUUUCUUUCUUUCUUUCUUUCUUUCUUUCCUUCUUUCUUUUUACGACAUUUUUCUAUUUCUAUUUAUUUCUUUAAAUUUUCUUUCUUUUUCUUAUUUUACUUGCUUCUCCCUUUCUUUUUUAGUUUGUCUUUUCUUUUCAAAUAUUCGUCUUUCUUUUUUUUUCUCUUCCGUUUUACUUACUCUUUUCUUCUUUAUUGUAAUCUUUUAAUUUUGUUUUACGUCUGUUAUUUUCGUCAUAUUUUAAUUAUUUCGUCUUCCUUUCUCUUUUUUUUUCUUUCUCGUCUUCUUACAAGUUUUUUUUCUCUUUUUAAUUUUUUUCUGUUUAUAUUUGAGUUUUUGCUUUUCUCUUUCUUCUUUUUUUUCUUUGUGUACUUAUUUCUAAUUUUGUUUCCGUCUUUCUUUUCUCAUUUGUUAUUACAGGAGAUGAGUUGGUGGGAUUAUUUUUCAGUCUGUUUUAUUUUACCUCGCUUGGGCUGA